AACCUGGAGGUCGCUGCCGCACGGCCUGGUGUAGCCUGCUGUGCGUCUGCUGUGCGUCAGCUGUGCGUCUGCCUGUCAGCCAGCGAGUCGCACCCAGCCACAGCACCGCCGCGUCCAACAAGCUGUCGCGGUCGUCUGGUGCUGCAGGAGAGUUCGCACAAGGGAAGUACGUCACGGUCAAGCCAACAGAGUGACUGUCCGUUCUGUAAGAAAGUGAAUUUCGUUUAUACGUCCUGCCUUCCUUCCUUCCACGAAAGUGAUUUUGGAAACAGACUGUCUGAGAGUGAGGUCAACACGCCCCCUGCAGAGAAAAUCCAGCUUACAAGCUUCUCUGAGUUCUGGAAACAAGGACACGUCAGAACCUCCAUCAUCAACAACAACAACAGCAGCAACAGCAAAAUUCAGCAUCGACCACAACUCUUACAACCGAGAGAUCUUUUUAAAGGAGAGGAAGGUCUGACCUGCGCCGCUGGUGAAUGUCAGCCCCGCUUGGGGGAAGUGGCGAGGAAAGGAGGGGCGAGAAUAGCGGAUCGAAGCCCGACAAGCUUUCAAGGGGGAAAAAAAUGACGUAGGAAGGAGUUAAGGCCCCUGGCAGGCCCUCGCGCGCGGAGUAAAGUACCAUGGCAACGGCUGGGGUCAAGUCAACGAAGGUCACACAGCUGUCUUGUGCUUACAGAACGGACUUGAGACAUCGGCCCAUCACGUGAUUCUUGGGAAACACAGCAAUGUCGGAAAUCUGACGACGACAUUUCCGACACUAAUCAGAGCAGUUGACAGCGACAUUUCAAGAGUUAAACCUGAGCAACCUGACGGCUUGGGCCAACAGCCCUCCUUCACUACCAACAGCCCUCAUCCACCACCAACAGCCCUCAACCACAAAUACAUACUAUCACAGUUUGUCUACAUCUCCGAAUACCUAAUAGGAUCAGGUCGGAGGUCAUUUUUGUGUCGGCACGUGAUUUUGCCGGCACGUGGAGUGGAAUCCAUCGAUCGCGCAGGUGCAGACCAAGCGGUGGAGAGCAGCUGUGGAUGCUAACAAAAUUUCCGCUUCAUGUGGCGAAGUAUUUGUUUUACUCACCGUCAGCUCACGUCAGACACGCGCCGUGGGUGUUAUGGCGACAGCACACACUUAACAACCUGCCAGCAACAGCAAGCAUCACAUAUCGACCCCCAUUCUUCAGAAUUUUUAACGAGUUUUUUUGUAUUAUUGGAUCGUAAUGGUAGGAACUGUUUACUCUCCGUAAUUUACAGAGAAUCGCAAACAUCGGCGGUGCUGACGUUGUCCCAGCAGACAUCAUGGCCGGCGGAGGGACGUCAGAUGCCGAGGGCGAUAUGCACCCUGACAGGGUUCCGAGAUGAAGAACUCGUCAGCAUGGCUGAAGCAGAAAUCGUCAUCCCGUGCUAAGACCCCACAAGGGCAGCACGUGCGGAAAGACAGUUUGACACGUCACAUGUGACGUUUUUGACAGUACAGACUAGGCACUGAGUGUGAUUGAAAGUGACUGCAUGGUUACUGAGGCCUCAUCGCUAAGCAAAAACAGAUCUUCUGCUGACUGCUGACAGAAGUGCCUCAAUAUGACAGUGACGUCACGGGGGACGGUUGUCGCCCACUGUAGACAGUCUUUAACAGGAGGGUUACAUCUGUCACUAUGGUCGUAGGUAAGGGAGAAACACUUUCAUGGGAAUUGAAGUAAUUGUUAUAGACAACCUUUUUGGGGAUUUUCAUUGUGCCAGUGACAUCGAUGGUGAUGUUCUCCUUAUAAAGGGACAACACUCUAGCAGAAUUAAACGAGUCAGUGUGCUAGUGACGUAUGAGAUGACUUUCUCGUUCACUGCGGAUAGACUCUAAACGAAAGCGUUAGCAGUUGGUUUGUGACAGUGACAUCACAAUCCCCACCUCCUCUCUCUCUGCACGGACAUCGUUCUAGCGGAGGUUUUUUUUCUAAGGAAGUGACAUCAUUACAGAAGACUUUGUGAAGCUCAGGAGGGGUCAAUACAACGUACGUAACAUUCCAACGUCCCGGUCAGAUGUAAACAGCUCUCACGAAAGCUUUGAAGCCUCCCAGCAUGACAGCGCCGAGUCACGUGACUUUCAUCUCGACCGAGUCAAGCUCUUCAUCAGGACCUUCAACUGCUUGGGACAGUGCCUCCCUUAGGUCAGAGGUCGACUUCUGGACCGCCAGCCGCUCGACCAGCGCGUCGUCGCUCAACCGGACGUUGGACGCAGAUACGUGGCGCUACCCGCCGGAAGUGAGGGUCGCCACCACAGUGGCGGUGUCCUGCGUGUGCGGGGUGGCCGUGCUGCUCAACAUCCUCCUGGCUCUCACCAUCCAGUUCUCGCCGAGCCUCAAGACUCCGCCCAACUCUCAUCUCCUCAACAUCUGCUGCAACAACUUCGCGCUGUCGCUGCACAUGCUGAUGGCGCUGCCCUCCCUGCAUCUGAACGGAAGUCACGUGCAGCACAAGGGGAGCGAGAUUCUGUCGGGGCUGCAGCUCUUUCUGCUCAUGCAUUGUUUAUUCCAGUACUGGUGUGCCUUUGCGUCGAUCGGUUAUUAUCGCUUCAAAACCAUCCGUAAGCCUUCUUUAUCGCUAAGGGUGAGGAAACUCCUCGUAUCACGCUCCAUCACAAUAACCUGGGUGAUCUCCCUUCUAGUGGCCAUAACCUUCAGUCUCACCACAUCCGUCUACAGCGCUUAUCUCCCUUUCACGCUUGAUCCCUUUCGCGCGGCUUACUUGCUGAAGCCACCUCCGACAGCGGACGCAGCGCCCUCUAGGACUGGGGAGGAGAGUCUUUACAAGGACCGUUAUGAGCAGGUCGUGGUGAUGUCGUUGGUCCUGGGCGGCCUGAUCGUGGGGCUAGUGAUCAUCGUCAAGUCCUACUACAACAUCUGUCGCACUCUCAAUCUGUCAGGCUCCGUGGGCAAGAACCGGGUGUCCCCGUGGCCAGCUUACUCCUCCAGUUCACCCGUCACUUCGUCGGAGCAGCGGACGGGCGGCUUUGAACUGACCCCUCCUACUGUCCCCGGGGGGCGAGCAUACAGACCCAAUGCUGGAGGCCUGCCAUUCUGUGUCUCGGGGUCGCCGACAUCGGAGGAGAGCCAGUGGAUCGUCCACUACCAGAAGUGCGACCACUGCGUCUUCAUCGAGGACAUCCUCACCUUGGACAAAGCGCACAACGGCAAGAACUCGAACUCCGACUCACACAAACGCUGUCUGUACGCUGGACAGCGCCCCCUGACGGCCACCUUCAGCAACGGCAGCACGGCGUCCGUCGGCAAGACGAGUGCCACCAGCAACACCAGCAACACCAGCGGCAUCAGGUACCCGGACUUCUCCGACAUUUCUUUGGGUGCCGACAUCGUGCGUCUGCAAAGCCUGCGAUGUCGGACGGCUCUCAGCAAGCAGACUGUCCGGAGGGAGCGAGGGAGCCUCAACAGCGCCUCCAAGAACAGCCUGGCCAUGCUGGUGGCCUUCCUCUUGUGUUCUCUGCCGCUCAUCGUCUGCCAGGUGCCGGGUAUCCUGUCGGAUGUAGCUCCAGAGCGACGGAUAGUUGUCCUGCUCGUCUGUCGGGUAUUGUUUUUCCUGAACGCACCCGUGUACCCGAUGUGGUACCUGCUCUUCAGUCACAGAGUCAAAAAGUGUCUAACUCGCAUGUGCGAAGCCUUGCUGAUCAGACUACACUUCCGGCAGUGAUCUCCCCUCAUAGCGAGUAGCAUCGCAAGUGUUCAUACCAAGGGAGAAGACUCCGUCUGGAUGUUGGACCUGACUUCAAGUUUAUUUAUUUCAGAAAACAGAGAUUUCAAGUGUGUGAACUAUUAUUAUUAUCUUGUUGACAAAGUUUAUGCCCCAAUGAUGUCAACUCAGCUUCAGGGGUGAGUAGUCAGCAGUCGGACUUCUGUGUGCUCAACAGAAAACAAGAUGGCUGCCAGAUGUUCUCCCAUGUGUUCUACAAGUCUCCUGAUGUCAGAAUGUGCCUGUGGUCAGUGACAGCCUCGCUCCCAGAUCUCAGCAAAGCAUUAACUCAUUGAUAUACAUUAAAGUCGGCAGUUGUUGAUAUUCUUUGAAGAUUUUAUUGUGAUUUUAUUUACAGAGAAUCUGAUGUUGACAUUGUAAACUAUUCACUGGGUGGAAUAGAAAUAUUUUUCUAUGGUCAACAGAAACCCAGGUUUUGAAUAUUAUCUAAACUUUUUGUCUGCUCAUGCUAAAUGAACUCACAUUAUCUACACAUGGCUUUAAAAUGUUCAACUGUUUGUGUGCUGAGAUAAAAACAUUCAAUAAUUUUUCUGUUCUCCUUGUGUUCACUUAUCAUUUUAAGACAUUGUUUACCAUAAAUAAUUUCAGCCAGCCUUUAUUUCUUCUAAGCAUUAAUAUUUUGGAGUAUGGGGUAACUCAAAAAAUUAUUCCAGUUCUUACUCCAUACCUAAAGGUACCCAUGGUAGGGUCAUUUGUUUGUAAAUGACAGCUUUAAAUAAUUAUUUUAUUUGUUAUACUUGGUCUUUAAUAUAUACUUCAGUCUAAAAGUUUACACGUGGUAUUGUUUGGUGUUUUACUUUGUUAUUGCAUCUUAUUAUUUAUUUCAAGAGUAAAUUUUUCGAAUUUGAAAUGAUUACAAAUUGUGAUUCUGUCAUAAAAAUUAUACUGUGUGUGUAAUGUAGUGAAUGAGUGUGGUCUCGUGGGGUGGAUUUUUGUGUCCUCUGUGAAACCAAAGUUACCAAGAAUAAACUACAAUAAACUCCUACAUUUCAAGACCAUUACACCAAACGAUUUCCAUUCUUUAGUGAAGAAACAGUCUUCUACAAAGAGUUCAUAGCAAUCUAUUUUUUUCAUUUCCUGUCAUCGCAAAAAUAUAAAAAAAUAAACUGGAGAGACUAAGCUGGAUGGGUAGGACAAACACAUUUUUAUCCAACUUUGGAAAUAAAGAUUGACCAGAGUUCACUUCCUGCAUCACGCAAAA